AUUCACAAAGUUUUGUUUGGUUUUCCAAAAAGAUUUAAUAAUCACCAAGUAUUGGAUUAUUAAACAUGCUGCUAUUCCAGUAUGACGGGACGCUGUUUGGAAUGCUGGACUUUGCGCCAAACGCUGUCAGCAGCGAAAAAUAGCAGAUAAUUUGAGCGUUUGUUAAGAGGCUAAUGUUAGCUGCGUUAGCAGCAGUAGCGCUGUCUUAUCAUAACCAUGUCCUGUAACCUAGUUUAAAGUGUUGGGAGCUGCCCGCUUGGCAAGUUAUUGAAUUAGGUAACUAAGCGAAAGGCUGAGAUAGGCAGGGAGGUUCUGUGUAUUUAUUGUUUUAUACAAAGUGUGCUAGAGUUACAGCUAGUUAGCUAACGUGACAUUUAAAUAUAAACCCACUUGUCAUUACUGGUUUAAAACAUAGGAUAAAGCCUCUAUGAAAUCAACUGCGGUUGUCAUCGCUGUCCCAGUAUGUCUUCCAAGGACGACCCCCGCAUCCUGGAGGAACAGGUGAAGAGUUUAUCGGAUGAGUUGAUGCAAUGCCAGGCCGACAAGGAGUUUGUGUGGUCCCUGUGGAAACGCCUGCAAGUGGCAAAUCCUGACUUGACCCAGGCUGUUAGUUUGGUGGUUGAGCGUGAGAAGCACAAAGCUGAGCUGAAGGACAGGAAGGUGUUGGAGAUCCUCCAGUCCAAAGAUUACAAGAUUCAGGAACUAGAACAGAAAGUGACAGGACAACAGCAGGAGAUUAACAGCUUGGUGCAGAGGACGACGGCGGAUGGCGAGAUUGCCUUAAUGAAGGAGGAGCUGACAGCUCUGCGUGAACAACUGCUCCAUAAGAACCAGGAACUUAAGGAAAUGAAGAUGGAGUGUAAGAAGAAAGAGGAGAAGGAGCAGCAGGUGGUGCAGGCUCUAGGGGAGGAGCAGAGGGGAUUAACAUCCCGCUGCGCUGCUCUGCAAGCUGACCUGAAGGAGAAAGAGAAGCAGGCUGACAGCCAGCGAGACCAGAGGAAUGCUGCUCAGGCUCGAGUAAAGGAUCUGGAGGAAAAGCUGCACAACGCCUGGCAGGAGUUGUCUAGUCUGCAGAGUCAUAGUAGCCAUUUGACGGUGCAGCUCUCUUCCAAAGAGAAGGAGGUGGCAGCAAAAGAGGGACAAUUAAGUCAACUUCGUGUUGAGCUUGCAGAAGUGCAGACUCUGUACAGACAGAGCACAGAGCACGCAGCAGAACAGAGCCAUCUCAUCAAGCAACUGGAAGGACUCAACCUAGAUACACAAAGAGUCCUCAGGAACCAAGAAGAGGCACACACUGCUGACGCCACUUCCUAUCAGAAGCUGUACAAGGAGUUAAGUCAAUGCUACCAGAGCCUUGUGUCUAGUGAGGCCAACCUCCGCCUUAGUCACCAGGAGCUCUGCACCCAGGUGUCUCAGAAGGAGCAACACAUCCUGCAACUUCAGGCCCAGCUGCAGCAACAGCAGCAGGAAAACACACAACUUCAGCAGCAGCUGCAGGCUCAACACAACAUUUACCCCUCACCCAAUAAACAAACCAACUUCAUGGCUCUGGUUUCAGAGCAGGCUGACGGUGUAGCUCACAGGCCUAACCUCAACUCUGGCCAAGCCUCCACCCAAGGCUCAGAUCCCAGACCGGAGGACACGACCCUUCAUCGCAAAUCUACCAGUUCAGUCAGACGAGAGCAAGGUGCACCUGUACAGCGGUCCAGGUCUCUGUCCCCAGCCAGCAGUGUGGAUUUGGGUAAUGGGAGAAGGAAAAGAGGAGCAGAACAGAGGAUUAAAGACCUUGAGGAGCUGCUGAAGCUGAAGGUGGAGGAGAAUGAAGAGCUCAGGAAGGCUCACGAUAAACGCCACGAGCGCCUGCGUCUGAUUCAAAGCAACUACAAGACCGUCAGAGACCAGUUAAAAGAGCUGGAGAAGUCUACUGGCUUGUCGGGGCGAAGGACGCAGCGUGCAGAGCCGUGGCAGUUAAGACAAGAGGACAGUGAUGCAGUGUGGAACGAGUUGGCCUACAUGAAAAACCUCACCAGGAAACUCUCUAAUGAAAAAGCCUGCCUGGAAGAGGAGCUGGACAUGUUGCGAGUUCAGGCUGCCACGGACCGGGCCAGCGUGAAGGAGCUCCACCUGUGUCUUGCUAAUGAACACCAAGAAUUGCUUCACAAAGUGGUGGAGGAGCGCCAGGUCAAAAGCAGCACUCCGAAAAAGCCUUGUGUUACUUCAGAGCGAAUGGAACAGUCAUUUAAAAAGAUUGAGCAGCUGGAGCAGAGGAUGAUAUCCCUGGAGGAGGAAACGGAGAAACUGAGGGAAGAGAACGAGCACUUGCUUAAGGUCAAUGAAGACUUGUCCCAUAAAUGCCGCAGACUCCAAGCCUUCGCAGAACACGCGCAGAAGCAGGAAGCUGUCCGUGAAGAGGCGGCACAGGCCAAAGCCCGGGUGCAGGAGGAACAACAUCACAGCGAGGUCAUGGCUCUAGAAGCCCGGCUGGUCACUUCUGAGAAAGACGCCUCUAAGUAUCAUCAGCAGGUGCUGAAGAUGAGACAGGAGCUGGGGAUUCUUAGAGCAGCUAAAGACUUCUAUAAGAACCGUGCAGCAGGACCGACGCUCAAAUUGACAGGUGGGACCGCUGGCAACAUUAGCAACAAGGUGAAAUUUAAAACAGCUCGGCCCAAAGGUCUGCGGCACCAGGGAGACCAUCGAACCCUCAUCCCCAAUCAAGCCAUCAGCUGGCAAGGCCGCAGCCCAAGUCCCACUAAGGACGAGUGGGAGGACAUCAGCGUAGAUAGUGACAGUGGCGACGACUACUCUGACAGUCUCAACAGCAUCGCUUCAGGAACAGAACCUUCAAGACGGUCUGCCAACACAAAGGCUUACAGGUGUUUACUGAUCUCAAACACAGAGGCAGAAUGGAACAGAAAACAACCUGAUGUUCUGGCCCAAGACGAUAAACAGCAUGAGCCCUGGGAACGAGGGAUGAAAACAGAGAAAAGGAGGUGGAGGAGGAAGAGGAUGCCCACGAAGACCCAACGCUGCUCCUCCUCCUCUCUGCAGCAGCGCGUGGAGUCUCUACAGCGUCACAUCGAAAUACUGCGAGGUGCCAGGAAAGACGCUGUGCUGUCAGCCAGAGACCUGCGAAGUGCCAAUGAGAAGAUCACUGCACAGCUCAACUCGCUCACUGAGAAGCUCGGUCACAGCAAGCAGCUCGCACAGAAGCUGACCUCUGACCUGGCUGGUGUGGAGCAGCAGAAAAAGGUCCUGCAGAUGGAGCUGGAGCAGUGGAGGCAGAUCACACUCCCCCAGCAAACUGCACCACCACCACCACCACCACCAGUACCAAUAGCACCAGUACUCGUAAACUGCUCCUGCCAGGGCAGAACCGUUCUAGCCCCAUCUAACCCUGUUUCUCAGGCCCUGCAGGCCGAAAUCAAGCAACUUCAAGCCAAACUCAAGAGUGCAAGUGCGGAGGUCACAAGGCAGGUGGCAGCUAACAAAGCCCUGCGAGCCCAACUCCAGGAGAAGGAAGACAAGCUCUGUCAGCUGCAAGACAAAGCGAGCCACACAGAGCGUGAUGUGAACAUGAAAAGGCAGCUGAUCGAGGAUCUGAAAACGAGACUGAAGUUUCUGCAGGAGAUGGAGAAUAGUUACAGAGGACAGGGGGAGGACCUGGAGAAGAAGGUAAAGACUUUAGCAGAAGAGGCAACCAACAGGAAAGCCCUUAUUGAAUCACUGAAGAGAAGACUGAAUGUGGCAACUACUGAGAAAAGCCAAUACGAGGCCUCCUGCAAUAAACUUAAAGAGGACCUGGAAAAAAAGGAGCAGCGCAUGCACGCCCUCCAGGCUCGUCUGGGAGCCAGUGAGCAGGCUUUGUCUGCAUUGGAACAGACAGCCACUGAGCAGAUGCAGGGGUUAACCCAGCAGAGCUCCCAUGUCAUGGAUAAGCUUCAGAGACAGCUAGGCCAGGCCUACUCCCAGCUGGAGCAGCUUCAAUCUUUCAUCAAGGCCCUGGCCAGCGAAAUACUUUUAGACGUUCGAGAGGUCAAGCAGCUGUUGAUGAAGAGGAGGAGGUUGAAGCAGGCCAAUGCUGUGGCAGUAAAGGGCGGCCUCUCAGCCAAGUCCAUGAUCAAAGCCAAGUCUAUUGCUGCCUCCAUCCUCAAUAUGUCAGAGAACGAUCUUGCGGACAUAAUGGACACUGAUCAGGGGGCAGAAGCCUGUUCUGCAGGUCCAAAGGAUCAGGAGUGGCUGGACAGCUUCAAGCACAUCCUGCAACAAAAGAUCCCCUCUGCCGGCCAGCUAAUGGAGGCGGUGCGCGUAAAGAUGAAGGAGAGGAAAGUGCUGACAGAAGAGCUGGCCACGCUCGCAACACCAGUCAGCGAAAAAGCCUGACUCCCUGGGCUGAGGCUGGAAAAACUGUCAUCCUCGUCUCCUUCCCCCUCCCUCCCUCCCUCCCUGCGCAGCUCCCGCUCAGUGGGAACGGGGCCGGGCCGGGCCGAGCGGCCGCAGCAGGACCAAUAUUUGUGAGGAAAGCGCUGUCGACUCACUCUGGGCCACCGGCGCAACACAGCGGCGCAGCUUUUGUAAAUGAGCCCUCAACAUCUGUGUUGGCGCCCCGUGCCUGUGUUACAGACGGGGGCCCUUUAGCGCCAAGCUAAUUUACAGGGCUGCCCCACUCCCCGACUCCCUGCACAGACCUGGGGGGAUGGGGCAGAUGCUUACGCUAAAGUAUACCUGUUUUUUGUCUUUUUUUUUACCUUUCUCUCUAAUUUAUCUGGCACCUCGAGGACCUGAGGGGCAGCGACUUGACCUAGCAAUGCCAACUCAUCACUUUGAUAAAGUCAGGAGUUCAGCACCGAGCCCAACGUUCACCGGAAGCAGUUGGAUCCAUUAAUCAGACCUGAUGCAGCGUUGCUCUCAGAGACCACGUGGAAUUAUUCAGACAGCCCAACGGAGCUCAUGCGCAUGUAGAUCUUAAAGUAUUUGUUCUGUAAUUAUGUUACAUUUAAAUUAUUCUAUUCAUUUCCAAAUAAACAAUUCCUGAAGA